UGGGGUCUGUCGUCCCGUUAUUAUUAAUUUAAUCAAUUUUAUUCAUCGUCAUCAUUCGAAACAAAAUUGAGUUGUGAGACUGAGCAAUUUUGGCUCUAAAACAGCACAGUGGUUCGACGUUGUUCAGUUCGGCGCCUCUCGUGGCGAAAAGCAGUUGCCAUGAUAUUAGCAGUUACUGCUAUCUUAGCGGUAUGCGCCGCAGUUUGGCUUUCACAUGGAUUUCUUUGUACAAUAGCAGUUUCACUAUUCCUAACUAUUCUGUAUGGUCUGGUAUUCCAUCCGAGAUGGUGUUACGUGGCGGUGAAGACUACUCCAAGAGAUUUGAGGUUGAAGAUUUUAGCUUACGCAUGACAGCUCUAAUGAAAUCUCAAGGUGUUAAAAAGGGUGACAUAGUUGGCUUAUUAGUGAGCAACUGUCCGCAAUUACCCGCUAUGUGGCUGGGUAAUGCCCGUUUGGGAGCCAUCACACCUCUCAUCAACACUAAUCAAAGAGGAAAUGCAUUGUUACAUUCCAUCUCUGUGGCCAAAUGCGACAUUCUUAUUUACUCAGAAGAUUUUCAAUCAGCAAUUCAGGACAUAUCAAGCCAGCUUAGUCCCUCACUGAAACUAUUCAAAUUCACUCACCGUCCAUUGGACCCCGUAAAUCCCAAAGAGUCUUCAGGAGAUGCAGUUCCAGAUCUCACCUCCAUGCUGGAGAGGACACCUCCGGCACCAUGGACUUUGGCUAAUGCAGAUGGUUUCAGGGGCAAACUCCUCUACAUAUAUACUUCAGGAACUACUGGAUUACCCAAAGCAGCUGUUAUAUCAAAUACAAGAUUCGUAUUCAUGGCUUCUGGUAUACACUACUUGCGAUUGACGAAAUCUGACCGCAUAUACUGCCCACUGCCCCUGUACCACACGGCGGGUGGCGUGAUUAGCGUCGGCCAAGCUCUGAUCAUGGGUUGUACUGUAGUACUCAAGAACAAAUUCUCUGCCUCACAGUAUUUCCCCGACUGUGCCAAGUAUAAUGCCACGGCUGCUCAUUACAUUGGUGAAAUGUGCCGCUACAUACUCGCCACACCUCCUUCGCCUAAUGACCGGGCGCAUAACGUACGCAUUAUCUAUGGCAAUGGACUGAGACCGCAGAUAUGGGUCGAGUUUUUGAAAAGAUUCAACGUGAAACACGUUAUUGAAUUCUACGGGGCCACAGAAGGGAAUGCCAAUAUAGCCAAUACUGAUGGAACGCCUGGAGCAAUUGGUUUUGUGUCACGUAUCAUCCCAGCCGUUUACCCUAUCGCAAUCAUCAAAGUGAACCAGGAGACCGGUGAACCAAUCAGAGAUUCAAAAGGUCUUUGUCAGCAGAGAAUUUCAGAAGAAAUUAAAGUGUCGGCAAGAAUUUUAAGAGUUGUUUUGGUGGCUAAACCAAUUGUUUAA